CAGACAUGGCAAGAGAUGGCGAGGGACGCGAGCACACUGACACCAUGCACUGCUGAAGGGACGGGGGCCUUAAUAUUUCAAAAAAAUUACAAAACUUUAUAAAACAUAGAAAAAGGGAAGAAAACAAAUCAGGAAAGAACGCAAAGAAAAAAUACUCAAGAUAACAGCAGAACUUUUCCAAUGAGAGCACUUCUGUGGACACUGCUCCGCUAUAUCAGAUAGAUGAUUUGUCCACACGCUUGCACGUAUAAUGAACGCCCAGCUGUCGAUGGAGAACAUUGGCGAUCUGCACGGAGUGAGCCAUGAACCCAGCGCGGCGGAUCUCAUGAUCGGGGACAGCGCUCAUCACAGGAGCCAUCGGAGCAGUCUGUCAGCCCAUGCGCGCUCCAUGGGCAUGGCAUCAAUCCUGGACAGCGGCGACUAUCAUCAUCACCGGCCCCCGGAGCACCCCGGGCUCGCCACGCACCUGCACCCGGCCAUGAGCAUGGCGUGCGAGGCUCCCCCCGGGAUGAGCAUGAGCAGCACAUACACCACACUCACCCCGCUGCAGCCCUUACCGCCCAUCUCCACCGUCUCCGACAAAUUCCCGCACCACCAUCAUCACCAUCACCACCACCACCACCAUCACCCACACCAGCGGAUCCCGGGGAACGUCAGCGGGAGCUUCACCUUGAUGAGGGACGAUAGGGGUCUGGCCCCGAUGAACAACCUCUACUCUCCUUAUCACAAGGACGUGACCAGCAUGGGACAGAGCCUUUCGCCCCUGUCUGGAUCCGGGCUUAGCGGCAUUCACAACUCCCAGCAGGGACUGCCGCCGUACGCGCAUCCCGGGGCCACCAUGCCCGCCGAGAAGAUGCUCACACCGAACGGAUUCGAGGCACACCACCCCGCGAUGUUGGCUCGACACGGGGAGCAGCACAUGAGCGCGUCCUCGGCGAGCAUGGUGCAGAUCAACGGCAUCCACCAUCACCCGCACGGCCAUCUCAACGCCCAGGGUCACGGUCAGGUGCUGGGCUCCACUAGGGAGCAGAACCACUCCUCUGUGCUCGGAUCGCAGCUUAACAACGGCAGCAGCUCGGGACAGAUGGAAGAGGUCAAUACCAAAGAAGUGGCCCAAAGAAUCACCACGGAACUGAAAAGAUAUAGCAUCCCGCAGGCUAUCUUCGCCCAGAGGGUGCUGUGCCGCUCGCAAGGGACGCUUUCGGACCUGCUUCGGAACCCUAAGCCCUGGAGCAAGCUCAAGUCUGGCCGGGAAACCUUCCGCAGGAUGUGGAAAUGGUUGCAGGAGCCUGAGUUCCAGAGAAUGUCCGCGCUCAGGCUCGCAGGUGAGAGAACAAUAGCGUGCAAGAGAAAGGAGCAGGAGCAUGGUAAAUGUGAGAGAGGGAGCAUCUCCAAGAAGCCCCGGCUGGUCUUCACUGAUGUCCAGCGUCGGACUUUACAUGCAAUAUUCAAAGAGAACAAGCGCCCGUCCAAAGAGUUACAAAUCACCAUCUCUCAGCAGCUCGGCCUGGAGCUCGCCACCGUUAGCAACUUCUUCAUGAACGCACGUCGACGGAGCCUUGAUAAGUGGCUGGAUGACGGCAGCUCCAACUCGGCCAACUCCUCCUCCUCCAGCACUUGUACCAAAGCAUGAUGGAGUAGUGGCUGCAUUAUAGGAAAAGAAAAAAAAACUUCGGUGGAAAAGCUUUAAACAAAGAAAACUUAACAAGAGACAAUUUUAGACAGCGUUUGCCCUUAAAACUUGUACAGUACCGAUAUUUAUAAUAUCCAAAGAAAAACACCAAAGACUGCUUUGAUCCCCAUUUAGGAAUUUCUUCGUUUAUGUCUGACAUUCUGCAAAAAAAAAAAAAAAAAAAAAAAAAAAAAAAAAGUUACACUCCAAUCACUGGCCGUUCCUCAUCUCAACACACUCCCCUAACUGGAGUCUUUCUUUCUCAUGUGAUUGGUUGCUUUCAAAGACUUUUUCUCAUCAAUGAUUGGUCAUUAACGUUGAGUGAUUGUUAUUCACUCUGAUGUCAGAUUCCAGAUUUUGCGACGUCAGUGAGGGGCUUGAUCAGCAGGUGUAAAGCCUGACGUCACACAUUCACCUCUAUAGUCAUCCCAGAUGUUGCCAGGGAUGCCAAAUAUAACUAGAUAGUGUAGAAUCUUGACAAAAGUUGCCUGAAUGUAACCCUCAGGAUAGUGCUUUCUUCCUAAUUGCUGGAAAAGUUACAUAGAAACCUAAAAAAUACAUGUGAACUUGCCAUCUUCACUACUUGUCAAUCGCAGAUGGUAAAACCAAAGAAACACAUGUAUUUUUUUAAGAAUCAGAAUAAUCUAUAUUUAUUCCUCUUAACAAGACCCCAUGUGACCGUCCUAAUCAGGUGACUCAGUAAAUUUAUCAUGGGCUGUGGUUUCCAUAGCCAUUUAAUGUAUAAUUCAUUCUCUUGUUUGUCCUAAAACAACCUCAAUCACUAGCCAAACAUGUCUCUGUGUGGACACAGCUGUACCCGCACCCCAUUCCUGCCUCAGUCCUUUCUUGUGAUUAUUUCAGGGAGAUUUUUGCUAGCUUUAACCUGCCUUUUUUUUAACCUGUAUUUUAAAUAUUUCAAUGCCAGUUGCUGUAAACCAAAGACAAACUUACACAAACCAGCACCCUGUCACUGUUUCAUACCCACAUCUAUCAUUCAAACACAGCUUAUUUAACUUAGUUUCGCAGACUCUCAUCUAAUGAGGCUGAAGAGACUUCUCGUUUAUCAUUAUUAGCUUUGUCUGGGGCUAAUGCACACGCUUUUUAAUUGUCAUUAGAGGAAGCAGGAGGAAAUUCAGGUUGUUUUGUGUGACAUUUCAUUUCAAACUUUCAUUGCAUAUGAACAGCUUUCUCAUGCUCAAAAUGAUAAUGUACAGAAGAAAAAAAAGUUCGAUUGACCGGUGGCUGUCAGGAUGCUUUCACAAACCCAUAAGCCAUGCACCGUCAUAUUAGAUUCAUUGGGUUCAUUUCCCAUUUAGCUCUUGAUAGAAGGCUAUUUCAUUGUCUAAUGCAUUAUUUUCAUGGCAUUGACCAUCAACACCACCGCAGAGUCCCCAUUCGGGCCCGAACCCAAUACCCCAGUAAGAGAGAGGGAGCGCAUUCUAUGCAUUUCACAACUAGGAAGAAAGCAUUAUGGAGACUGAAGCAAGGUGAUGUGUUCGCUUCAUAUAACAGACUCACUCAAACUCACAAGAUAUCUGGCCUUGUUGUCUCUUGUGAUGUGUUUUAGCUUUAAAAAUGUAUUUGGUAUUUACGACUAUUACAACAUCGAAGCAUAUAUAAAAGAGCGCUGCUUGCUCAUGUAGAAAAGAAGACAAAAAAUGACAAAAAAAAACAUGUUUAGACCUGCUGAUAUUUUAGUGUGAACCAAAGAUGCUACCUCAGUCCGUUUCCAUUUGUGAUUUCUAUCAACAUAAUGAUACCAAAGAAUACCAAAGAUUUGUUCUCUUUGCACGGCCUAAAUGAAUGAUAAGGUGGAUGGAUAGAUGGCGUGUUGCCCCUUUUUCUUCCUCUCCUUCACUCUAAUGCUCUCUACCACUCAUCCGUGCUUAUGUAACAGCGCCCUCGGCAGACAUGUGUUAAAAUCACAGGACGAGUGCCUUGCUUGAACCAAAGUGUUAAACCGCCGUUGACCUCUUGACUCCCACCUUUUAACUCUCGGAAUACCUCAGCCUGUGGAAGGGCCACUGAUGAAGAAAAAAAAUGGAAUAUUUCUUCUCUCUCACCGUGGUGCUUUUGCCAGUGCAACCAUGCAAUGAAAACAUACCAAAGGAAUUUCUCUUGCUUUCUCCAACUCUUGCUGAUAAACCAAAGCUCCUGCCACCUCGCUUUGAAAGGCCCUGCCAAAUCUGCCACUUGCCCCGACCCCUCGCCACGUCGCCCAUGGGUGCAUCCACCGAUUAGGCCGUGCACGUCUUUAUCAAUAUCUAAAUACCUCAUAGUAAUAAAUUUUCACAGUUCUGUUGUAUAGAGAGUUUAUGUGAUUAAGGCAGAACUGAACUAGUUUGGUAAUCGUUGAUGUGACUUCGGGGAAAAAAAAGCUUUAUGAGUAUUUAUUUUGACGGCUUUGGCUAAAGUGCUCCGUUUUGGUUACCAAAGGCGAGUUUCUGUGAUAGCAGACUGAAACUUGCAGGAAGGAAAAAAAGCGUAUUUUUUAUUAAAGCCUUGUGUUAUUCCGAUACUCUAAGGAUGUUUGACUAUUGUUUUUUACAGGGUAAAACCAACUGCUGUGAUUCUGUGUCUAUUCGUUCACUUUCUUCUAUUACUGUGUUGUGAUUUACGUUAAUUUAAUAGCAUUUUUGUAUCGCUUAACCUAUGUUUUAAUUUAUGUAUUUGUAGAAAAUAUAGAUUUGUACAUAGUAGGUUUUUUGGAAAAAAACAAAACAAUAACAAAACAAAAAAAAGUGGACAUUCGUUUUAUUUUACAGCUUUAUGUCUGAAGUGUAGAUAUAUUGAUGAAUUUCAAUUCCUCUGUGUUUGUAUGUUAGAUGCCACUUUGGUCCAUGUACUAAUACAUUGCCAGAGAUCCGAAUGGUCCUACAGAGACCUGCGAAGAAAAGCAGUGUAUGAUGUUUUUAUUUGCCCUUUUUUUAUGUUAUUUAACUGUCCAGAAUGAUUUUGUCCUUUGUAUUUCAAAUCAUUGUUUUUAUGGGUAUUGCUGCACAUCCAAAGAUUUUCUAACCAAACCAAAAAGUGGGAAGGGGGGGAGGUGGGGACGAAAGAAAGUAGUGUAAUUUUUGCAUAAGCACUGGCGUCUGUGAGGUCUUUUGCUGUCUGCACGGGUAUGAACAUAGUGGGACAAUGUAGACGAGCUUAGUUAAACUCAUUGGAGGCAUAUACUGCUAAACAGUACAAUCUGUGGCUUUUGGGACGGAGGGCUACAAGUCCUGCUCACUUUCCUGUUUCGGACACUGAGUGGGUGGAGCGUGGGCGGGGCAGCAGGUCUGCCAUGGGCGGGGCCACGUCGCUGGGUUGGUUUUUAAUUGACGUGGCACUGCUGCCUAGAUCCAUCUAAUAUGUCAAUUUUGGUUUUCGAACAUGUGUACUGACUAUGAGCAAAGGCGAAUAAAUCUGUAAAGAAAACAGGAAUUGGUCUGUGCAUGUAUGGGGAGGGCAGAAGUUUGAGUCUAAUGGUGACAGUUUCAUUUCUGGUCCAUUAGCGAUAACAAACAGAAUUGCUGAAUGGUUUUCAAACAACUUUAAAACACUUCCAUAAUUGCCAAUCUGCCAUAGUUCAGAUUAACGACUAUGGGAUUCUAAAUUAGUUUGGUUAUUGGCAAAACGUGCAAUCAUAUCAUGACAAUUUUACCACUUAUAUGUUGUUUUGUCAGAAUGUGCACCUACUUUUAAACUAUAUUUGAAUUUUGCAUAAGGCCACACUGUUGAAUCUGGACCCCCUGCUUCAAAAUCACAGCAUUGUUUGAAGCUGUAUUAUUUCACCAAACUGAUUCCCUUAUUGUUUGAUGCUGCAAAUGGCUCGGACAUUAUUGGCUCAAAUUGGGUGCUUUGUGUGUCUUGAUUGGAAACACCAUGACAAGAAUGAUGCAGUCCCUUAGCAGGAUUAAAGAGAAGGCCCAUGACAGCAGAGGUUUUUGUCUCGCUAUGCUGUACAAUCAGAGUUGUUUCUUGCAUUAGGUUUGCUGGCUGUGGGAUUCCUGUGGUUCACAUAUGGGACGUCAGAUAGAUGAUCCAGGUGCAAUGUUUAGGAUUUGUUUUGUAUGGCAGCAUAGACUGGCAUAAAUCUAGCCCUACUGCCCAGAAUCCCUCCUACAUCACAGCGUAAGCUCUCUGCAUCAGAAUUCUCACCCCUUUUCUUCCCAAACCCUGCGCUCCGUCUCGACCCACCCCUCUAAUGUAGUUUCUAGCUUAGAUAGCUCGAUGUAUGUGAAUGUUGGGAUUGCUCUAAUCAUUAAUUCCUAUCCCAGUUGGUUGUCGUGGAAAAGGAGUUCCUAUUUGAUAGAAAGGCUUGGCUCUGUGUGCCGUAUAAUACUGAGAGCGCCUAAGACAAUCAGCUGGAAAACAAAAUCAUGUUUUUCAUUUUUUUAUAUUUAUUUUUUUGUAGGUCCAAGAGGGACUACUUCCAGCGAUGAUUAUUAUAAAGAAGGAGGAAGGUUUUGAUAAACUGAAAAAUAAACUUGCUGACAUUUUCUUUCACAAACAUAUGGCUUGUUUCCAUUUCGAACAGUGCAUCUUGAAUCAAGCUGGUUCUGUUUUUACACUUUUCUUUUUUCUUCUCUUUUUCUCUUGACCUGUUUUCUCUGUAUGUUGUGUCUGUUUCAGUGGAGGAAUGCAGUAGGUAUUACUCUCAGGUUGUAAUGCGUCAUGCUUUUCAUUUUCAAAUCUGAUCUACAAUUUUUUUUUCAUUCAUUCUUCUUUCCUGAUAGCUACUGUUCUCUAUGCCGUGCAAUAUCAUCUUCUGUGUUUGCUACGCAAGAAAAAAAAAAAGGAAAAAAAAAGACGCAAGUGAUGAUGUCACCAUGCUUUUUUCAGUGUUAAAAUGUUUCAGCAUUUCUGUAGUCACAAAAAUGUAGAAAAUAAAAAGGUUGGGUUUUCCAGCACAUCACAACCAGA